CUCAAUAGAAAUAACCUUUUAAUUAAUAUGCUCGCCAUGCCCAGAUUGUUCAACUUUACAGCCUGCCUACGAAAUGGACUCAUUCUUUCCACAGGGCUAUAUUAAAUUAUUCCCAAAUUACACAUUUAUAGUAGCAUAGUUUUAUAAAAUUAAUGUAUAAACAGCGAUCAAAACGUGAGUGUGUUUUAAGUUAAAUAUGGGUCUCAGUAAAAAAAAAAAAAAAAAAAGAGAGAUUUAUGACAACUGUCGCGUUGUGUGAGUCCCAGUCCUACCGCUCGCUCGCCUUCUGCAGCUGGCAGUGAAUUCCCAAUGACCAUGACUGACGUUAGAGUGCUGACGAAGGCGGGCUUGGGCUAGAACAGGGACAACAGGUAUAUACACGGAUUAUUCCGAAAUCGCUUUGCAAUUACCUGCUAUGAGAAUAUGAAAAUGAAUUGAAACAAUGUUUGAGUCGACAUAUCAGUAGAGCUUUGGUGUCCUUGAUGACAGGACAAAAGGAAAAUAUUGAGGAUAGCCAAACGUUUACCGUUGAAGUUGGAUAUUAGCAAAAACAGUCAGUGCCACAUGCAGAAGAUGGAUUUUGGAGAAGUCAACACAGCCACAAAACCUCCAAUAGGGAAGAGGAUGAAGUCCCGAGCCCCUCCUCCGCCCCCGGCCCCCGAGCCCGCCCCCAGGAGAAUCUUCCGUAACGCUGUGCCUGAUGGGGGAGGCUCAGCGCAGGGCAGUAUGGGCAGCAUGGUGAUGGAGAACAUGAGGACCAGAGUAGACCUCCACAUCACUCUGCCUCAAGGCUACCAGACCAGCAGCACAGUGGACGGCAGCAAAGCGCUCAUGGACCUGUUGGUGGAUCUGUGCAGCCGGUACCACCUGAACCCAGCCUAUCACACCCUGGAGCUGCUGUCCAGCGAGGGCCUGUCCCUAGCCUUCAAGCCCAACAGCCUGCUGGGGUCCCUGGACGUUGUUGCCAUAAGCAUCAGGGAGAAAGUGUUGCAGGACAAAGUGGUGCGGAAACCUCCGCCUAAAGUGCCAGAGAAAACGGUGCGUCUGGUGGUGAACUACCACAGGAGCCAGAAGGCCGUGGUGAGGGUGAGUCCCCUGGCGCCCCUGGAGAGCCUGGUCCCGGCCAUCUGUGAGAAAUGUGACUUUGACCCGUCCCAUGUCCUGCUGCUGAAGGACAAUGUCAGCAACCACGAGCUGGAGCUGGACAAGUGUCUGAGCGAGCUAGGCAUCAGAGAGCUCUACGUACUGGACCAGACUUUUGUUCGUCAUCCUAAAAUGGCUUCUGCACCUGCUCUAAAUUACUCAGAAUACUUCCGUUCCAACACCUCAAGUGUCGGUGGGGCCGAGAACAAAGGUCUGCUCGGAUUCUUUAAGUUCAACAGAAGGAAAUCAAAGACUGAAGAACAGUCGCCUACUAUGGACAUGGAUGGUCUUGAUAAUAAUAUUAUUCAAAAUACUGAAAAGCACUACAAUGGCCUGUCCACUGUGUCCAUCGUACCCUGUGUGGAGGCUCGACCCAGCACCCUGGGCCAGUCCCAGUCCGUCAUGAACAUCUCCAGGAUGUCCCCCAGGAUAGAGCUUAAGAAGAGGCGGGCCCCCCCGGCCCCGGCCCCCACACCCUGCCAGGGCUGCUACACACUGGAGGCCUACCAGGUGGCUCCUGACUCAGAGAGUACACUGAGGAAGAGGAAGGCCCCGGCACCCCCUCCUACUCCCGCUACCUCUGUCACCCCAGCUCCUAGCACCCCAGCACCUCACACCUCUGUCCAGAUGGCCCCCUCUCCCUCCCCAGCCCCCAGCUCACCUACCCCCAGCCUGCCUGCGGAGGAGGACUCUGGCUCUGAGCUGAGCAAUGGGUCUGUCUACAGCAGUAGCAGUAGUGGGGUUGCCGCCGGCACCUCUGUCGCUGACACCUCAAUGGCCGAUUCUGAUUCCGCCUCCAGCAGGGCUGAUGUGUCCAAGCCCGGCCCUGAUUCCACCCCCAGCAGCAUUGCUGCCAUGGCUGACUCCUCCCGAGACUCCGCCCCCAGCAAGGUUGACACCGGCCCCAGGAGCAAGACUAUGGUCAAUGUCGCCCCUACCAGCAAGGUUGAAAAGGUUGACUCCGCCCCCAGCAGCAGCACUGACAAGGCCAAGCCCACCCCCGACUCGUCCCGCAGCACCACACCGGAGGAGACCAGAGGAGAGUCUGCUCUUGGCCUGAAACUAGACGAGACAGAGAACAACAGACACAGUGCCAUGGCUUGGCUGCACUCUCGGCGGCUCUCUGUGGCAGGACCCCAGACCCCAGACACAGAGGCGGAGGAGACUUUAUCCAUGGGCAGCAGUGGCAGCUUCCAGGACCAGGGCUAUGCAGCCUCCGAGGGCAUGGCUGAGGACUCUGGCCUGGUCAGCUCCCCCUCAGCCUCUGACACCACUCACCCUACCUUCCCAGACGGGAGCCUCUCCCUGGGCUCUUCUGGCUCCUCUCACCCCAUGAUCCAUCCCCUCACCAAGGACUGUUCUAGUGAUAGUGACGAGGGCUGUGCCACGUGGGGCUCCAGACACAGACACAGCAGUGAUAUCAGCCACAAUGACAAAGCAGGCAAAACAAAGGACAUCUAUGAAGAGGACCCAGAGCUCACCGCUCAGCUCAACCAGACUCUGGCUGAUCUGGAUGCUGAUCUAGCAAAUAUAAGUCACAUAGAUGCGGUUUCAGUGCAAGAGCACCCCUACGUGAUGUCCACUGAGAGCAAUGAUAUCCCAGUGUCUGUGGUGGAUAUGGAGGUCCCAGUCACAGCCAUAGAUGAAGUCCUGGAGGACUACGAGACACAGAGCAUGACGGAUCACCAAGCCACACUAAUGAGUAGCUCUCAAACAACAGACAAAGACCUGAACCACAGUCAUCAUCAUUCAAGUGUUGGUGGCAUACAGAACAAAAACAACAACGCCUGUACGUCUGACGGCUCCAGCAAAGUCAGCUCUGCUCAACCACAGCCCGUGCAGCGCCUCAAAUCACCAGGGAAGAAGCUUGCCAAUGGCACUGCGGGGAAAGACCGUACAGCAGUGGUCUCUAAGACUAAAGUGGAAGUUCAAAGACGGGAGUCCACUGAGGGAGCUGAGAGGAACGCCUCACCUGUCAACAGCUCUCCCGCUGUCCUGGAGAGCCAUUCCAAGUCCCCUGAGGAAGAGGUUCCCACCUAUAGAGGCCACGCUGCCUCCCAGUCACACAUGAAAAUCACCUGUAGCCCAGUCUCUCGAUUCGGUAUGAAGACAUUCACCAUCGUCCCUCCCAAGCCAUUAGUUGCAACCCAGCCUCAGAAGCCAGCAGAGGCCACGGCCACUCUGACAGCAGGUGCCAUUAGAAUUGACGAUCAGGGUAACAUGGUCAAAGUGGCCAUCGCCCGAAACAAGUUUGGCGGUUCCUCUGAGUCUGGGAUCAACGAAGAUGACUCCGUCUCACCACUCCUGGGGAAAGCCAAAGCCUUCUGGAGCUCCACGGAGAAGCAGGACACUUCUACACCUUCGGUCCCCACUAGUAGAGGGCCUGUCCCUUUCACAAAGACCCAGAGCCCAGAGCCUGAUGUCCCUAAAACCACCCUACGGGUCGUAGCCUCUGACCCACCUGCAGCCAAGGCAACACCUAAGGCCUCUGAACCUGUAGCCAAGAUGACACCUAAGGAAACAUGCAAAGAUGUUGUUGAGGUAACAAAGGGCGUCUCACAGGAAGCAGAGGGCAAGGUUCCAGUUUCAGAGAUGCCUGUGCAGCAGCAGCAGCCUAUGAAAUUGAACCCUGGUAUUCUCCAAGAUCAGAAGAGAAACCUUUCUUUCCUCAAGCCGUCCAGGAGAACAUCCAGUCAGUACAUAGCUUCUGCCAUUGCUAAAUCCGCUGUGAAGCCCACCAUGGCCAAAGCUGACAACAUCCAAGAAGUAACAGGAGAGUUGUCUGUCCCCGUGAGAAAGCCACCUGGCAGUUACGGCUAUCAGAAAGAGGGUCGAUCCUUUCAUGUAAAUCCACAGCGGUCCUCUGGUACAUCUACUAAUGUACCAGUGAAGAAGGAGAGCAGCUCUGGGUCUGUGUCCUGUCACGCCAGUGCUAAAUGUUACCCUGAAAACCUCACAGCAGAGAAACGGGUAGUCUCUGGUGAGUCGACGCAAGGAGUGGACCGGAGUGGUUAUAGGAGCAGUUCUACCCUGCGAGGUGGAGGAGGGAGCUCCAAGUUACUGGACUCUGAUACAGUAGCCAAUAACACUAAGCAGCAUGGGUACAACAGUACCGGUCCCAGACAGCAGACACCGAUGACACCCCCACCACCAGCACCACAAUCCCCCACUAAACAGGUACCUGCCGUCUCCAAGCCCUUGCAGGGUCCACCACCUGCACAGAGCAGAUCAGAGACAGUAGGUCCCAAAGGUCCUCCAGCCCUGGCAAAGAAGCCUGAACCACCGCAAUCGGCUGCAGCUGCUGCCAGCAAUGACCUCCCAGAGCCCCAGCAGGUCAGUCUGUUUGGGCCGGUGAAGAAGUUCAAACCUGUGAUCAUGAAGUCGGUCCAGAUGGACACGUCGCUACACACCACUCUGAUGUCGGCCAUCCAGUGUGGGGAUGGGAAGGAGAGGUUCAGAAAGAUAUCGGACUCAAGUGCAAGCAGCACUUUGAAGAAAUCGUUCUUUGUUGAGGAAGAGAAUGAGCGAUGUGCGCUACUGGCAGCCAUUAGAGGCCAAAGUAACUCUGCAGGGCUAAAGAAGACCAUAUCCCAGGCUGCAGAGGAGCUUGACAAGUUCAGGAAGACCGAGGAGGAGAACAGAACUCUGUGUGAUGCCUUCCCUGCCAUGCCUCUCCCUCCUCCAUUUGUGCCUCCGCCACCUCCACCCCCCUCUAUGCUCCCUCCUCCUCCUCCUCCUCCUCCUCCUGGCCCUCCCUCCACUCAGCCCAAGCCCACUAUGAUGGGGGUGCCCCUGGGGACUGGGGGGAAUCCCGCUCUGGCCCGGGAUGCAAUGCUGGAGGCCAUCCGAUCUGGCUCUGCAGCUGAGCGCCUGAAGAAGAUAGAGAAAAUGGAGGUGAUCACAAAUUACCCAUUGUGCAUGCACUCAUAUGGGAACUCACCAGCCAGGUCAAUGCCCCGACAAAAACAGUUCAAGUGAACGGUAGACUUGGUACUAUACACGCAGCAUCAUCCCUCUCACAAGGACAAUAAAGAAUCUUCCAGAAUGAUUCCAGAACAUCUUGCAAACCGUCUGAUUAGAAUCGUCAUAGGCAGCCAAAUAAUAUAUGUUAUCUUUCACCUUAAUUUAUCACUGUCCUUGUGUAUAUGUAUCCAGUUAUUUGUACUUGAAUAGUUGCAAUAACUGGAAAGAUGAAUCACUGUACAAAAGCAUGUGCCAAUAACUUUUGUUGCUUUGGAAUAUUUAAUAGCUGCUCUUGCUAAUAAUAAUAAUAAUAAUAAUCUUAGGAAAUUAUUUUUGUUCUUUUAUUUUUUUAAACUUUUUAAUACUAGUCCCCAUGGAACUGAUAACUCAUGCUGUCUUACUGUCAGUUAUAUUUGAUUAUUACAUAUUAUAUAUUCCAUGUCGUAGGAUGCAGUGGAUCAGACUCCUUGAUAUAGUGCAAUGAGUAACACCGGCCAAGCAUGAGGAAAAUUUGGCUCCAAGGGACUCUCCUCUCCAGGUGGUGAUUAUGGAUGUAUCCCAAAUGGCAUGCUAUGCCCUAAAUAGUACACUACUUUUGACCAAAGCCCUAUGGGCCCUGGACAAAAGUAGUGCACUAUAUAGGGAAUAGGGUACCAUUUGGAACGCAUGACCAUUUGGAACGCAUAGUUUAUUUAGCAAAGCUCUGGGUUUUUAGAUCUCAUCUAUGCUGCUGUUCAACCUUUACAUGUUUUUAUUCUUUGAUUUAUAAUGCCUCUUAAUAUAUUUAUUUUGAUCUUCAGAGAAAAGAUUACUAACAUAUCCUUUCUUGACAUUACAAAAUAAUUUUUGAAGCAUUUCUGUUUGUGUAACUAUUGGUGAAUAAUAUCACCAUGACUUUACCAUGAUUAGUUUACUAAUCAAUAGAUAUAUGAGUAACGAACAAGAGGUAUGGGCUGUUACUCCAUUUUCAGAAAAAAAGUCUGAUAACUAUUUGCUAUGAUUUGAUUGUUUAUUUAAUCACAAAGUGUUCCAUGUUGUUUGCAUGGGGCUCCAGUGCACAGCUUUUUGUUGUUGUAUUCAACAGUAGAUGUGAUGUGCAGUACUGUACAUGAGCUUGUCUCUCUAGACGUUUUAUGGCAUUACUAUUGUAGUUGAAAGAAAGCAAAAGUGAAUAUUAUAAUAUAUUUUAUAAAUGAAGUACUAUCAAUAUUGAUCAGAAUGACUGAAUGAUAGACUUAAAGGGCCACCCAGUGUAAAGCAUGAAAAUAGGGACCACAAGAUUCUAGACUGGUCUGUCAAAAGAUGGAUUCAUAGGUUGUCCAGUUCCUUAAAAUUCAGUUUAGAUGUUUACUUAUGUUCUAGAUCAGGGGUACUCAACUCUUACCCUACGAGGUCUGGAGACUGCUGGUUUUCUGUGUUAUCUGAUAAUGAAUUGCACCCACCUGGUGUCCCAGGUCUAAAUCAGUCACUGAUUAGAGAGUUCCUUUGUUUUUUUCCAUUGUUCCUGUCUUCGAGGUCCCAAGUUGAGUUUGAGGCUAGAAAGUUGUAUAUUUUGUAAACUACAGAUCAAUUAUUACAGUAAUAAACUGUUGUUAAAAUUGGAAAUAAACAGAAUAAUAUGAAUCCAAUAAAAUUGAGUUUUAUAAGCUGUUGCUUUUUUAUGUUUUUGGAAGAAUUUUACAUUUUAUUUGAUCUGCAAAUUAUAUAUUUUUUUCAAUAAAUGAUUUUUGUAACCAUG